AUGGACGUUUCGCAGCAAUUGCAGCAGUUAGAGCAGGUUAAGCGCCUUGCAGUUGCUAACGAACCUGAAAAGGUUCUACCAAAGGUGUUAGAAACUGCACUAACUCUGUACCGACAAAAUGCUGCCCGUCCUCGCGAACUAGCUCGAUUUUGUUCACAGUUAUUCCGUGAAAUACUUAACUCUGAGAGGAUCCCAAGUAGUGAGAAGCCAUUUCUUGCUUCCCAACAUUUACAUGACUUUGUUCAAAUGUGCCAGGCCCCGCCUGCUGUGGAUCAUGUUACAUAUACGAAUGUUCUUUUAGCGUUUGGAACUAGUUACGAGUGUUUAUUUGAUCUAGUUGCUAAAACUUCCAAUGAAGCACUUUGGAAGGAUAUGGUUUAUCUAAAGGAUUUAGUUCAGACGAACUGGAAGACAUGUUUUCCACUGGAUCCUACUGACGCUCUUGCAGACCACGGACGGUCUUUAGGAGCGAAGCUGGCGAGCGUAAAGCUGCUAUCAAAACUGGUUAUUGUACAUACUCAAGGUACUGGCGUGAAUAUCGGAGCUGUGCCAGAUAACCACCCUGUGAUUCGAAACAAGGCUGCGCUGCAGGCAGAAUCUAAAAGGCUGUUAGACGUGCUUAUCUCGUAUCUAAUUGAUGAGCCUAUGAUGGUAGCACCAUUAUUUUCGGCUAUCCUGCACUGCCUAGCAUUUGUUAUGAAACAGCGGCCUAUGGCGACGCUGCGUAUUCUAUCAGGCCUGCUGAAGUUCAACGUUGAUAUGAAGUAUCAGCAGGACCAUGAAUCCGCACUACAGUACCGCUUGGCCAAGCGGUUUGUGGAACGUAGUUAUAAAAACUUUGUAAACUUUGGAUUGAAAUCGCAGCUUAUCAAGAAUAGUGGUAGCAUGGCUCCAUACCACAGUAAGCUGAGUAAGAUUGCCCAGACACUGCACAUGAUAGCGGAGGAGACAAAGAGUAAGGGUAUUUUGAACUUUGAUCCUACGCAAGUUGAGCGCAAAAUGGAUGCUCGUGAACGUGAGCGCUACCACACUGCUGCUGCCGCUGCUGCUGCAUCUGCAUCCUCCGGAAAUAAUGGUAACGGACCAUUGUCAAAGUCUCCUACUCCUGUGGAAACUUCUAUAUCUGCGCCGCCGCUCUUCCCUCCACCGGCCGGUGUAUUCGGCGCUAAUGGAUCUGCCGCGGCUGCAGCGGUUGCUCCUGCUACUGCAAGUGUUGCGGCAGCGGCUGCUGCUACAGCUGCUGCCUCCGCCUCUGUAUCCGAUUCUGCCAAUGCUUCAGUGGUCCCACAACCGCCUGCUCCAGGCGUGCAGCUAGAUUCCUUUGCAGACCUUCCAGCACUUGUCCGCUUGCAAAACUACACAAUGUCGAAAGCUUCUGUCUCGAAUUUCUUCAACAAUUCCCCUGUUGCGUUUGACAACAAUUGCUCAUCCAUAUAUUCCCUCAUGAACAGUAAACACUCCGACUUCGACGUUUCUACUCUAUCACAGCCGAUGCUUGUUCGUCUUUGCACAGAUGCCAUUUACCAAACUGACACCAACCGAAUGAUCGCAGGGCUUUCCAUAGUCGCUUCGCGCUACACAGAUCUUAUGAACAAAGCGGCUGACAAAAAUCCGGUAGGCACUGUUACAUCUACAAUGACGACGGCGAAUAAUGAAACAGAAUCCGAUAUUGAUAAUGGUGACCGUCGGCCCAGUAAGCGUCUCAAGGUCGAAGACGCUUCCAGCAUGGCCGAGACCGAGGACGCGACAGCGAACCUGGACGAUGAUGAAGAAGCUCGAGAGUUCACACUCGCGCCUCCAACACCGCUCUCGCAAGAAGAAAAGGUCAAACAUCUUCAUCUCAUUGUAUCAAACCUGCUAGACGUCUCCGCCAGCGAUGAGGCUCCUGGAAUUGCACCUCCUACGGACGUCCUCCCGCCGCUGCAUCGCGCCCGUCUACUACAUUGGGAAAAUCGCACCUCCUGGGUUGUACUUUUAUCACGUUUGAGUGCAAGAGGCCUGCAGUCGAACACUGACAUGAGCGACGUCGUUCGUCAGCGCCUAUACGACUACUUCCUAGAAGACUUCAGUUCCCGCGUGGCAGUCGUCAUCGACUGGCUAAGCGAAGAGUGGUACGCAGAAAUGGUACAAUCACUACCUCCUAAAAUCUAUAACCAGUGGUCGUUAAAGGUGCUAGAUGGUCUCGUGCCUUUCCUGGAGAGCUCGCACCGUAAAAUCUUCAUCCGGCUUGUCAGUGAGCUGCCUCACCUCAACGGUGAUCACGUUUCUAAGCUUAAAUCGUUAUGUCUCGACCCCUUAAGAUCAUCUCUUGGAUUUCAGGCUCUGAAAUUCCUUGUCAUGUUUCGCCCACCCGUGAAGCCAGUUGUCAAAGACCUCCUUAAGGAAAUGAUUAACGCGGAUGAAUCUGUUAAGGAUCAAUGCGAAUCGAUUCUUGCCAAGUUUUACUGA